UGUUAUAUAUCUGGCAUAAGUGUGAGCCGUAUCUGAGCUGUGAGCAGGUUGACAGAUAGAUUCUCAUGUCGGCCGCGUGACGGUGUCGUCAAGAGCAAUGUCCCUGUUGUCUAGCGAACAUUCGGCCUUCACCCCCCUGACCCGCGCGGGCAUGGCGCUAGGCGGACACCCCGACUACGUCAGGUCCUCCCCUGAUGCUGACGUCAUGUCCAAGUCCUCCAGCGGCGGACACGAUCGUUCACCCGCCGCCUCCCCACCUCUGAUGGCGUCGGCGUUCCAUAAACUUCAUCACUACCGCCUGCAGCAACAGCAGCAGCAGCUGAGAGAGCAGCACUACUCGCGUCUGAUGGAGCUGGGCGGGCACGAGCACCCGGACAGCGUGUCGUCUGCUGCCAGUGACAGUGAGCACAGCUCCCCCUGCAGCCCUCAGAGCCCGGGCUCCCCCGUCUCACCUGGAGUAGAUCCCCGACCCCCGAGUGCCAAAGAAAACCAGCAGUGCUCGCCGCCUGCUCGCGGUUUUUCCUUCUCUGUUGAAGACAUUCUCAAGCCGGACAAGAAGAAGCCGGCGUCCCUGGUCCACCCGGCCCACCCGGUCCACCCGGCCCACAGCGGCGGUCUGGCCAGCAGUAACAGCUCCCACAGCUCCAAGUCCAGCCCCACGGGCAGUGUGGCCUCCCCACACGGCCCACAGGACCUGCGGUGGUCGGCGCCCCAGCCGGCACACCUCCACCCCCACCCCUCCAUACCAUCCCAGCUCUCCCCGGCAUCAGCCAGUUCGGCGGCGACACCCCCGGCGGCCCCACCCCUGGCAGCGGCCGGUCCUGGCAUCUCCUCCUGGUUCCUGGCAAACAGAUUCCCUCAGGGCAGCACGGUGCCCCCGACGCCCAGACUAGCGCCCCACAAGAUGACCUUGAGAAAACACAAGCCCAACAGGAAACCAAGGACGCCGUUCACGACCUCCCAGCUGCUGGCGCUAGAGAGGAAGUUCCGCGAGAAGCAGUACCUGAGCAUCGCAGAACGGGCAGAGUUUUCCGCGUCACUGACCCUGACGGAGACGCAGGUGAAGAUCUGGUUCCAGAACCGGCGCGCCAAGGCCAAACGUCUGCAGGAGGCCGAGCUGGAGAAGCUGAGGAUGGCGGCCAAGCCCAUGAUGCCGCCCCUGCUGGGCAUGGGCUUCCCCAUGAGCCUCUACGGACAGUUCCCUCGCAACCCCAUGAUGUCACAGGGCGUCAUGUCGCCAUUUUCUAUUCACAAUGCCGGGAUGCAGUCAGGUGUGUCGUACUUGCAUUAACAUGGACACGGCUGACUAGACACUCACCACUGUCCUGUAGAAAUAGCUGCAUCAGUUGUUUGAUCCAGGAAAAGAUUUCAGAAAACCAAAGAAGUUACAAGCCUGGAGUCGUUUUGUACCAGGUGGCAGUCAUAUGCUAAGGUGGCAGUCAUAUGCCCAGUU